CAUCAAUCUCAUCUUCCUAGGUAGCACUGGUUGCUAGAAGGAUUCGUAAGGAUGGCAUUACGAUCACGAGCAAGACCGCAUAUUUCGCUGGACGCACAAUUACAACAAUUAACACUUUUUUCCGAUUUAGAUGCCGAAAGUGAGAACCUAGAACAACUUGGACCGAUUAUUAAAUCGUUAGAUGAAGCAAAUCAAUCCGAUGCAUUCUUACGUAGAUUACGAGAAUUUGUUCAAGAAAAAGAAGAUGAGAUCGAAAAUGUUUGUAAUGCAAAUCACGAAGAUUUUGCUGGUGCAGUGGAUAAAUUACUCAAAGUUCGUUCGGGUACGGUCAGUUUGAAACAUCGUAUUAGUGAAUUGAACGAAGAAGUACAAGCAGGAGGGCAAAGUCUGAGCAGCAAAAAGAAGAGUUUGCUAGAAGCACGUAAAGUUGCCCAAAAUGUGGACGAAGCAAUCGAAACGCUUCAACUGUGCUUACGAGUAUUGGAUAUGGCAAAUAAAGUUGACAGCUUGAUCGAGAAUAAGCAAUACUAUUCAGCUCUACGAUCGUUGGAAGAAUUGUCUUCUAUUCACCUCAAGCCGGUGCUACAUCACGAAUUUGCACGGCAUAUGCUAGACUCUAUGCCGGCUAUGCGUGAGCAAGUGCGAGCAGCGGUCACAAGGGAAAUGCGGGAAUGGCUCUUCGAGGUACGUGAGAAGGGUAGAUUGGUGGGCAAAUUGGCAUUAGAUGCGAUAGAAGCUAGACAGAAACGAUGGAGGAUAAAGAGUGGAAAAGAUGCGAUGCUCAGCUUGGCAAAAGUCAAUAGUCCAAUCGAGCUGGUGGUCAACGAGCGGGUCGAAUACAAUUUCGUGGAUAAUGAGCAGGUCAAGAUCGAUUUCAAGCCGUUGUACCAAUGCAUACAUAUACAUGAUGUGAUGGAUAUCCGAGAACAACUGCAGAAUAGCUAUCAAGAAGAUCGAAGAGCUCAGGCAAACUUGCUGCUUUCGCAAGGUCUUUCAUUCGACCCGAGCAAUCCAACUUUCCCUGCUUUACUACAGGAAGUGGUGGGCUUCUUCCUUGUGGAACACCAUGUUCUGCAAACGUCUCCACCUGGCUUCAGGUCAGAACAAGAGGUGGAUGAUCUGUGGGACAGUAUGUGCGAGCGUGUGGUAGAAAUUGUCAGUAUUGGCCUGCGUGACAGCAAAGAUACAAAGGUAUUUGUCUCAACAAAGGCAGUCAUUCAAACGUUCAUCAUGGCACUAGAAGGGUACUCUUUCCCGGUCACCAAGCUGAACGCUCUUUUGCUGACGUUGUUUGAACAAUAUGCCAACCUGCUUCGGGAUCGCUUCUCGACUGACUUCCAAAAAGCUUUCAAGGAUUCGGAGCAUCAACCAAUGACGGUAGUAAAUGCUGAUGAAUUGCAAAAGGUGCUCAAUGUAUGCUGGCUCAAGCCGGGCGAUGCUGAUCGCUUACGCAGUAUGUCGUUCCCGCUCACAUUACCGUUCUCACAAACUUACCCAUUGUGUUGCAUGGACAUCAGGAACCUCACUGAUCAGUAUUACCAAUUUUCUGAUGGAUUCUCUUCGAGCCAUAGGGAUGUUGAUGAUAUCCUAAAGAAAUCCUUAGAUGAGUUGUUGAUCCAGCAAGUAUCAAACAGCAUCCGAUCCAGCUUACAAAGAACGAGCAAUCUAAGUCAGAUUGCACAGAUUGUCGUCAAUGCAGAACAUUUCCGUCUGGCGUGCACGCAACUGGAAGCAUUGUUGGCAGCCCUCCGUGCGCCACAUCGAGGAGGUAAAUUACGAUUGGAUGCAUCUUCACAUUUCAAUACAACUUUGGAUAUGGCACAAAAACGGAUCGAUAGUGCGAUUGCGGCAAAACUUAAAGACUUUUUCGAAAUGGCAGAAUACGAUUUUACGCCAACGCAAGAGCAAAAAGAAGUAUCGGAUUAUUUACCCGAGAUGUUGCAAUGGCUUGAAACGAUGAUGGAAAGAGGAUUGGUUGCUUUGCCGAGCGAGAUCAAAUUGGAGCAUUAUCGUAGCGCAUUCAAAUAUGUGUCGGAUUCGUUAAUCAAUGAUCAAUUACUCAGCAAAGAUGAUCCAAAGCUUAGCGUUUUGGCAUUGCGUAACCUAAUUGUUGAUUUGAAUUAUUUGGAAAUGCAAGCUAGCAAGUUACAAGAAGGUUUAUUGUCCGUCUUUGAUGAAAUUCGACAAACGUUGACGAUCUUGACAGAAGAUAAAGUUGGAGAAUAUGCAAUGAAUACCAAUAUUCGACAAACGAAGUACAAGAGUGUUCAACCGAUCAAAUUGGCUAACUUGUUAGAUAAGUUGUCGAAGUAUGAAGGACGAUCCGGAACUGGUGAUACUGGUGAAAGACAGGCAAUGCGAAGGCGAAAUGAACGGGAUUCCGUUUUACGUGUAGUGAGAAGGUGAAGGGUGAAAGAAGCUUAUACUAUAGUCAUUUGUAUUUUAUAUUAUUGCAUAGAGAAGAUCAAACAAGCUAAUUUUAACGAUAUGAUCACCUUUAUGGGAUAGAAGAUGA